AUGGCAAUGACCCCGGAAAAUGCCGUCCCGUUUCCUGACAACAUCAAGCCUCACAUCAGUACAUGGCUUACUUGGGACAACAUCGACAGAUUAGAGGAAACACUCUCAGGUGGGGAGAUGUUGCAUAGAGUUAAUGGCAUUGCAAUACAAGCUCGACAAAUGUCUUCGAACGUCAUGGUUCUAGGAUUUGCAAACGUCUUCCUGGUGUACAUGCUUUCCCUGGAUGUGAUAGUGUCAGCCCAUUUUCUGGAAAGGGAAAACUGAUGGCGUUAAAGUUAGGAAAGCGACGUCCUGCAUACCAAGAUUUAUUCCAACACCUUGGCGUGGAAUGGAAAUUAUCGGAUGAGCUAUUUGUGCGUCUUCAAGAGUUCACAUGCGUGAUCUACUCUUCAAAUCCUGGAACUAAUGUUAACUUGUUGGGUUACCGUCUCUUGUGCGCCGGGAAAGGAGAGUUAGAGUCGCACCAGCUUCCACCAUGCCAGGACACGUUACGAAAGCAUUGUGAGAGAGCAAACUAUCGGUCAGCAAUAUGGCGCAGGACUCUUCAAAGUUCACACCAAAUCCCAUUGCCCAUUGGCUCUGGAUGGUACCUAAAGGAUGGUAAAUUGACUAUUGACUGGAUGAGUGGGGAACCGGCGCCCAAGGCUGUAUUUGAGCUCCUAUCCGGCCAGUGUAAGAGAGUCUACCAGUUGCCAAGCUGUACCUGUCUCGCUAACGGAUUGCAUUGCAAUGACAUGUGUCGGUUACAGGAGUGUACAAACCAGCCAGAGGAAGCUACAGAGGAUUUAACUGCAGGUGAUGUUGAAUGUGAAGAUGAUUAA